UCUAACUCUCAGUCCCACAAGAGAUAUGUGAGUCCUGGCAUUCCCAGCUCAAACACCAUCCUCCCUGGAUCCUCAGAGGCAGUUGGAAUGCCACAGUAAGGGCCAGACAUUGAGAGGGGGACAGGUGCUACAAGAUCCUGGACACAUCUGAGGCUUGAUGGGGACUUUCCAACAUUCCAGUCUGCUGUCCUACAAUGAAGCUCUGAGUCACUGACCCAAGUACUGGCAACAACUUGGAAGUCCAGGACAGUCAGCGUCAUGCACGGUCGGUCAGUCUAACUAAGCAACAGCCUAGAGCUAGCGUGGCCUGAAACUCCAGCAAACGCUAGAGGAAGCCUCCAGCGUUCAUGGAAAGAGAAAAGGAAAGGAUUCCCAGCCAAUCCCAACGAAGUUUCCACAGCUCCAAAGAGCCCACCUUCCUUAUCCAUCAGGGUGCCCUGCCCAGUGACUCUCACUUGACCCUUCCGCCAGAAACACAGUGUAGAGAUCUCACCGAAAACAUAAAGACCAAUGCGCAGCAAAGGAGACCCGGAACAGUGAUACUAUCAAAACACCCAAAUAGAAUUAUGUCAGGGAACCAGCCUAGCCCUCCGGUGAUUCCAUCCCGCAGGCCGGGAUUCCGGAUAUGCUACAUCUGUGGCCGAGAAUUUGGUUCCCAGUCGAUUGCCAUUCAUGAGCCCCAGUGCUUAGAGAAGUGGCGCAUUGAGAACAGCAAACUGCCCAAGCACCUGCGGAGGCCAGAACCCUUCAAACCACAGCCCAUCGGUGGCAGUGGCUCCUAUAGCCUUCAGGUAGCCAACGAGGAGGCAUAUCGGAGUGCGCAGGCUCAACUGCUCCCCUGUGACUGCUGUGGCCGCACAUUCUUGCCAGAUCGUCUCCUGGUUCACCAGAGAAGCUGCAAGCCAAAGGGUGAGAAUUCCAGAAGGCUGGGCACGGAUGGUCCCGAUGCUCCUACUGGUCUCAAGAAAGCUUCCAGUGGCAUUCCAGCCCGACCAAGGACUCUCAUCUGUUACAUUUGUGGUAGAGAAUUUGGCACACUGUCCCUUCCUAUCCAUGAGCCCAAAUGCUUAGAAAAGUGGAAAAUUGAGAAUGACCGGCUCCCUAGAGAGCUGCGUCGGCCACUGCCCGAGAAGCCCCAACCUCUUCCAACUGGACAGCCCAGCCAAGAAGGGUCAAAAAUCCCUGAUGCGAACUUAGAAAGGAAAGGCGACCCAAAUGUACCCACCAAUUCCAAGCAACCAAGGAACAUGGCGGCCCCGAGUGAGGACAAGCCAACAAUGAUAAGGCGUCCACCAACAGUUGUUUGUUACAUAUGUGGUCGUGAAUAUGGGACCAAAUCUAUUAGCAUCCAUGAGCCACAGUGUCUGAAAAAAUGGAAUAAUGAGAACAAUUUGUUGUCUAAAGAACUAAGGAGACAAGAACCGAAAAAACCAGAAGUUAGAGCCAUUACUGCCAAAGGGUUCUAUGAUCUUGACGCCUUAAACGAAGCUGCUUGGACAAGUGCCCAGAGCCAAUUGAUUCCCUGCAACGUUUGUGGGCGGACCUUCCUGCCAGACAGACUGAUUGUUCACCAGCGAUCUUGUAAACCUAAAGCUGCCAAGUAAAGCCCUCUCCUCAGCACUGAGUUUA